AUGGCAUCGUCCCUUUUGCGAAUCCUCCCGAUCGCACUCUUAUUCACGGGAGAUCUAAUUUCGGCUCAGUCUAUGAGUAUUGACUCAGAUGACAACGUCAUUUCUACAGCAAAAACCCUCGCUGCCAAUGCGUUAACCUAUUACCAUGGAACUGAACCAGGACAGACACCUGGUAUUCUACCUGGCCCACCUCCCGCGGGCGAUUAUUACUGGUGGGAAGGUGGUGCGCUUUGGGGCACAAUGAUAGAUUAUUGGCAUUAUACUGGCGAUACUACCUACAAUGACAUCGUUACCCAAGCCAUGCUUUUCCAGACUGGCCCUAAUAGAGAUUACAUGCCUCCCAAUGUUACCGCUUCAUUAGGUAACGAUGACCAAGGAUUCUGGGGCAUGUCUGCGAUGUUGGCUGCCGAAGUCAACUUCCCCAACCCCCCCUCCGAUCAACCUCAAUGGCUAGCCUUAGCCCAAGCAGUUUUCCACACACAGGCUGAUCCAAACCGUCAUGAUGAUACAUGCGGCGGUGGUUUGCGAUGGCAAAUUCCCUUCGCCAACAAUGGAUAUGACUACAAGAACAGCAUUGCCAACGGCUGUUUCUUCAAUCUCGGUGCUCGAUUAGCGCGUUAUCUGCAUAAUCAGACAUAUGCUGACUGGGCUGAAAAGACUUGGGACUGGGUUACCAGCAUCGGACUCAUGGAUGGAGACUACCGAAUCUAUGAUGGUGCUCACGUCGAAACAAACUGCACUGAUAUCAAUAGGGCACAGUUCUCUUACAACAAUGCCGUUUAUCUCUUGGGUGCAGCUUACAUGUAUAACUAUACUGACGGUGACCAAAAAUGGGAACAACGAAUCAACGGUCUCGUUGACGCAACGAUUCGGGACUUCUUCCACAAUAAUGUAGCCUUUGAAAUUUCCUGCGAAGAGCACAUGACUUGCACGACAGAUAUGUUAAGUUUCAAGGGUUAUUUACAUCGAUGGAUGACCACCAUGACCCAAAUUGCUCCCUUCACGGCCGCAAAAGUUCUACCUGUCCUAAAGCAAUCCGCUCAAGCCGCAGUAUCCCAAUGUACUGGCGGAACUGACGGGAAAACUUGCGGAUUUGAGUGGACUAGCGGUAAAUUCGAUGGCAGCAUGGGUGCUGGGCAGACGAUGAAUGUAUUAGGCGCCGUCUCAUCCCUCUUAGUCGACAAGGCGCAACCACCGGUGACGCAGGAAAGCGGAGGUACCAGCCAAGGUGACCCGAACGCUGGCCAGGACAGUGACUCGUUCAUGAAUACCCCUGCGCCAAUAACCACGGGUGACCGCGCAGGUGCUGGUAUUCUGACUGCGUUGGUGCUUGCCUCUUGCGUUGGAACUUUUGCCUGGAUGAGCAUUGGGGACUGA